GCAGGCAAGAAGUGCUCGGCACCAUUAUGAGCACCCAGAGCUGGAGGAGAAGAUCAGGAAAACACUGGACCUGAGCACAUACGCACACACACACACACACACACACAUAUACAGGGUGGACCCCUUUUCCCAAAACUGUCAUCUUUGCUGUUCCUCUUCUCUUGCAUGCUUAUGGAGGGGAGAGAGCAAGACAUAUGGUGAAGAGGGGAGCGAGCCAUCACCAGCACAAAGCCACUCUGAGCUUUUGAAGCAGGUAAAUUCACGCAGGAAAUCAGUCUGACUAUCUCUGCUUCUUUGUGAUCAGGACAGGAAGACUGUCCUUGGGAAAAAGGACAAGAAAACCAGGUGGAGCGUGAGAAAGGUGGGAGAAGGCAACACAUGGACGAAUGAAUCUUUUGAGCGUUUUGAAGGUAGACUAAGCAAAGUAGUGCCAUAAGUUUAUGCCUUGUAUAUGUGCUCACCCAGAGGAACACAGAGAACUUGGUGUUAUUGUAUGUGUAUUGCAAUGACAAGAGCUAUAAAAAGCCAAUAGUAAACUCCUCACCUCACACUACAGUCUAAUCUGCCUUAAAAAUCAAGCUACAAAAAGGACUGUUUGAUGUACCAAAACCUGAAGUUUGUUUUUGGAACAUGACACUGGAGAAAAGAGAAAGUCAAAGUCAUACUACGUAUUAAGUACAACGUUGCAUGUUUUUUCCUGGAAAAGAAGAAGUGAACAUUUUACUCUCAGUGCCAAUUUUGAACUGGAUAAGUGUGUGACUGGGCUUCAACCAAGAAAACAUGCUCAUCCUGCCUCCAUGCAAAUGGGCAAGGGAAUGUGGUGGGUGCUCAUAAUGUGUUAACCAGAGACAGUGAGGAUUUCAUGAGCUGUAGCUUUGUUGUGGGAGUUUCAGCAAGCCAGAGUCCAGAUUAUUUAUCCGAUUUUUUAAGGGGAUAAAUCUAACUUGCUGGCUCAUUUCAACACUAUCUUUCUGGAACCCAUUAUUGAGUGGCUGGAUCAACUGAAACAACUUGGCCUCUUGUUCAUGAACCUACUCCAGUGGUAUAACAAAUGUUGUUUGGCAGCCUAUGACCUCUGAUGUCAGUCACCAUUGUUUCCCAAAUGGUGGUUCCUGCUCAGGAUGUUUGUGUGACCACAGCCUACACAUUUUAGACUGCAAAAUGACCACAGACGUCACGUACCCCCUCCCCCUGAACGUCUAUAUCAUCAUUCUUGGCAUUGGCUUAUUCAUCUUUAUGUUGAGCCUCAUCUUCUGUUGCUAUCUGUUCAGCCUGAGACGACAGGUCACACGGGAGCAGUUUGGAUACAAUGAGGUUGUUCUAAAAGGAUCGGAGAAGAAGCUAAGCCUCCUUGGUCAGACCUGUGCUGUUUGUCUGGAGGAGUUCAGGAGCAGGGAGGAGCUUGGUGUUUGUCCCUGCUCACAUGCUUUUCACAAGAAGUGUUUGGUAAAGUGGCUGGAAAUCCGAAGUGUCUGCCCCAUGUGUAAUAAACCCAUCUGCAGGCUCCAUCCUGACCCUCCGCAGGGGGCCGAGGUCCUACAGAACCCCCUGCAGGUGUGACAGAAGAGGCAUGGUGUCAGGAAGAGAAAGAUAGAAGAGUCUCUUGUCAUGUGGAACUUGUUCAGCUUCAAUCGAGAACGAUGUUUAAAGAAAACAUUGUCAGAUGAUAUCAUGUAGCCCACUCCAAUAUCAACUGACUUCCUUUCUACCACUUCAAAAAAAAAAAAAAAAAAAAAAAAAAACUACUUCGCUGUCCAACGAGGACAGCUAGCCUUAAUAAAAUUGAGGUCAUAUGGAUGGGUUAAGUUGAGUUAAGUUGAUCAGUUGCACAGUACAUGGAUGCAUUGAGAACACAUGGCACAAUAUACUAUAUAUAUAUAUUCAGAAAAUUGCCAGUGGUAGAGGACACUAUAAUACCACAGACAAAUAAGCAAUCAUUAUAUGAACAAAUUUGUCAAAAGAAAGCAUUUUAGUGUCCCAGCCCUGGUCCAGAGGGUGAUGAUCUUGUAAUAUUUUCAUUUAUUCAUUCAUUCUUCUUCAGUAGCCUAGUCAGGGUCAUUAUGGAUCCAGAGUCUAUCCUGGGAACACUAGCUGUGAGGUGCAAAUACACCCUGGAUGGGUUGCCAGUCCCAACAUAGUCAAUCAUAGGGCACCAUGCACACACACACUAACACAUUAACAUUUUUAUCUUGCCAAAAUGUGUUUCUGAAAUAAAACAGUGGAUCACCAAGAACCUACUGAAUAUGAAUAACCUAAUUAUUAUUAUUAUUAUUUUUAAAUGCCUGUCAUCAUGGUAGUCCCAGCACUCCAGAUUCAGGAUCAGGUUUGGGAGAACAGAAGUUUUGGGUAGUGUUUAAGUUAUUUUGAAGUAGUUAUUUUAUAUUGUAUACACUCCUCAAUAAAGUGUAUGAUUUCA